AUGCGUUGCUGCAUGGUGGUGCCAGUCGCGAGGGGUGCGGCACUUGUGAGGGGAUACAUAGACUUAGGCACGUAUUUCAUGAGCGUCGUGAAUGAGGUGCAAUGGAGAGUGGAGGAGUGGGCCGGUGUGCCAGCGGACGUCACGAGAGUGCUAAAGGCACUGCGGGAAGGGCUCGGCGACCUGCCAGGGCUAACAGGCAGAUACGAGACGGGCUAUGGGCUCAGCCCAAGGUUUGAAAUCGAACAGGGACUAGGCCAGGGCUGUCUGCUCUCGCCUACACGGAGUAAGCUCAUGCUCGCGGUGAUGCAGCGAGCAGUGAGCAAAUUGUGCCAGGGGUUCGAGUUCACUGCAGCAGGGGAGAGCGUGCCGCAGCUGGUAUACGCAGACGACUGCUUGCUGUUGAGCAACGAUAUCGCCACGAUGCAGCUCGCGCUCGAGUGCGCCUGGCUGGUCACCAAAAUAUGCGGAAACAGCCUACAGGUGAAAAAGAAGAAGAAGUCCGCAUGGUCCGCGACCUACUGGAAGGAGGGGGCGGAAGUGGACGGACCGAGCUACGACCGGGAUGGGCAAGCGGCGAGUGGCAAAAAGACAUGA